UAUAACUUUAGAGGCCUCUGUCUCUCUAAGAAAUUCCUGCUCUUCCCAUCUUUGCCUUCAGGAAGUCAUUACUCCCCUUUAUGUCUUUUACAACCGCUCUUAGCGUUGAACUAACAGGUAGCUGUGCAGCUCCAUCAGGUAUUUGCUAAUUGCUCCUGCUGCUAGUUUGAAGGGCCUGAGUGGGGAAAUCUGAUUGCUGUUUAAAUUUAUGAUGAACACUCAUAGUUUUCAUUGUACACUUGAAAUAUAGCAAUGAAAAAUAUACCUUUAAGUGACAUUUUAUACUGAAGUGCGUUAAUUUGAUCAUCUUGUGAAAUAUAGUGCUCCAUAUUUUAGUAAUGAUAGAAAAUUUAGCUUUUAAUCACAAAUUAACACUAGUAAAUAAAAUGUAAAAAGAACUUAGCAUCCAUUCAAGUGUAAUUUUUGUGUAUCCUGUCUGCUCCGAGUCUUUUUGUUAUAUAAAAUAUUUAUUUAGAUUUAUGAGUAAAUCUUAGUAACACUGGUUGCUAAAGUAAUUUUCAUUUGUCCUCUGAGAUACUCAUUAGACAGGUUUCUAAAAAUGCAGCAGAGUGAGACAUCUUCCCAGCGUUCCAACGUCUAUGGUUGGAUCCGGGUUAGGCCACGCCCCCUAGCUGCUACCUGCUCGACUCCUCGGUCCCACCUGGACUUUCAGAGGACGCAAGAUGAGUCUGCCGGACUACAAAUCAACUGGUAGACAACCUUCAUCUGUGCUCUCGCGCUCUCCUGUGGUUCAGCUAAAUGUCGGGGGUCACCUGUUCAGCACCACACUGAGCACGCUCAGAAGACACCCGGACUCCAAGGUGGCGGAGCUGUUCGGCUCUCAGCCCAAAGUCAGCACCGACGCUCAGGGACGCUUCUUCAUCGACCGCGACGGUUCCCACUUCGGAGCCGUUCUGGAGUUCCUGAGGUCGGAGAAGCUGCCGACGGAAAACAUCCAGGAGGUGUAUACAGAAGCGGUCCACUACAACAUCAAGGAACUGAUCAAACGUCUGGAGGAGACGCCUGAGCUGUUUGGGGAGCUGGUGGGGAGACAGCAGUUCCUCUCCAGGGUCCCGCACUACAAAGAAAACAUCGAGGUUCUGAUCCGUAUUGCCAGAGCGGAGGCCGUGGCCGCGCGCCGCUCCACCAUCCUCAUCUGCGUCAUGCGGACGGAGGACGACCUGGGUUUCUAUGACAACGCCGUAAACAGCCUGGAGGCGGGCACGGAGUCUGCGGUGACGUUCGGGCCGUGGAAGGCCGACCCGUCCGUCAGAGACCUGCUGGACUGCGUGAAGAUGGACAUCGAGCGUCGCGGCUACAACGUUAGCAUCGAGGCGCACGCGCCCGAGCGCAGCUUCCUGUCCAAGAGCUACGACUUCUUCUACAAACUCACCUUCACCUGGUGGUGACGAGGCGCCCGGGAACUAAACGACUGCACUUUAUUAAUUAAUUAUAAUGAGCUGCACCUUCUGGUUUUCUGAAGGAAUAAUAUUCAAUCAAAAUAAAAUACAUCAAUCUUUUUUUUAAA